AUGGGUGGUCUGUGCUCGUGCUGCAAGCCUUCACAGUUGGUUGUCGACGAGCAGUCAGUGCUCACAUCUCAUUCACACGCCACCGCCACCCAGCCGGACUACCGAUCUAUUGCGUCUGCCGUAGCACUGCUCAAUCAGCCGCCACCAGUGCCAGAAGCGCAGGCCCCAUUACCUGCCAUGGAUCCAUCGCCACGACCCGGAACAUCGGGGGCACAGUCCUUCACCUUUAAUGAGCAGCUGCCGGCAUCCACAUCUGACGAUGCCUCUGUACGGCAGCGCUCUGCAUCUGACGCCGAAGCGCAGGCGCCACUACAAGCCCUGGAUUCAUCGCCACGACUCGAAACAUCGAGGGUGCGGUCGGUGACAUUUAGUGAGCACCUGCCGGCAUCCACUUCUGAUGUCUCUUUACGGCAGCGCUCUGCAUCUGAUGCUGGAGCGGAGGAGCCACCAGAAGCCCUGGGUGCAUCACCACGACCCGAAACAUCGAGGGUGCGGUCGGUGACAUUUACUGAGGAGCUGCCGGCAUCCACUUCUGACGACGUCUCUUUACGGCAGCGCUCUGCAUCUGAUGCUGAAGCGGAGGAGCCACCAGAAGCCCUGGGUGCAUCACCACGACCCGAAACAUCGAGGGCGCGGUCGGUGACAUUUACUGAGGAGCUGCCGGCAUCCACAUCUGACGAUGCCUCUGUACGGCAGCGCUCUGCAUCGGACGCCGAAGCGCAGGCGCCACUACAAGCCCCGGAUUCAUCGCCACGACCCGAAACAUCGAGGGUGCGGUCGGUGACAUUUAGUGAGCACCUGCAGGCAUCCACUUCUGAUGUCUCUUUACGGCAGCGCUCUGCAUUUGAUACUGAAGUGGAGGAGCCACCAGGAGCCCUGGGUGCAUCGCCACGACCCGAAACAUCGAGGGCGCGGUCGGUGACAUUUACUGAGGAGCUGCCGGCAUCCACUUCUGACGACGUCUCUUUACGGCAGCGCUCUGCAUUUGAUACUGAAGUGGAGGAGCCACCAGGAGCCCUGGGUGCAUCGCCACGACCCGAAACAUCGAGGGUGCGGUCGGUGACACUUACUGAGGAGCUGCCGGCAUCCACUUCUGACGACGUCUCUUUACGGCAGCGCUCUGCAUUUGAUACUGAAGUGGAGGAGCCACCAGGAGCCCUGGGUGCAUCGCCACGACCCGAAACAUUGACGGUGCAGUCGGUGACAUUUAGUGCGCAGCUGCCGGCAUCCACCACUGACGACGUCUUUUUACGGCAGCGCUCUGCAUCUGACACCGAAGCGAACAAGAGCUUGGUGCCCCCGUCUGCUUCAAGCCCCAAGCUCGAAGGCCGCGAGACGAGCGCUUCAUCUGAGGUUGGUCCGAGCAGCAGGCACUAA